CCCUCCGCGGCGGGACCGUCCGUGUGUGCCCGGGCACCGCGUCUCCUCCGGGGGGCCGCAGACGGAGCGACGCUGGAGGCUCCGGGGGACGCUCCGCCGGGACAUGGCACCGACGGGCGCUUCGUGAGCCGCGGCAGCUGCGACAUGUCCGCGGCGGACGCGGCUCGGAGCGGCCGCGUGGUGCUCGUGAAGAAGGUCACGCUCCGGGACGGACCCACGUUCCAGCAGGGGGUGGGCCGUCCCAGUGUGUACCACGCCAUCGUCGUCAUCUUCCUCGAGUUCUUCGCCUGGGGACUCCUGACCACGCCCAUGUUAACUGUUCUCCACGAGACCUUCCCCCAGCACACGUUCCUCAUGAACGGACUGAUCCAAGGAGUGAAGGGUCUUCUGUCGUUCAUGUCGGCUCCUCUGAUUGGUGCUCUCUCCGACGUCUGGGGUCGCCGCACGUUCCUAUUGGUCACCGUGUUCUUCACCUGCGCGCCCAUCCCCCUCAUGAGGCUCAGCCCCUGGUGGUAUUUCGCGAUGAUUUCCGUUUCCGGCGUUUUCUCCGUCACUUUCUCCGUGAUCUUCGCUUAUGUCGCCGACGUGACGGACGAACGAGAGAGAAGCACCGCCUACGGACUGGUGUCGGCGACAUUCGCGGCGAGCCUGGUGACGAGCCCGGCGAUCGGCGCGUACCUGUCGGCGUGGUACGGCGACACGCUCGUGGUUCUCCUCGCCACGCUCAUCGCCCUCGCCGACAUCCUCUGGAUCCUCCUCGCCGUCCCCGAGUCUCUGCCCGACCGCACCCUGCACGCCUGGGGACCCGCCAUCACCUGGCAGCACGCCGACCCCUUCCAGUCCCUGCGCAGGGUGGGGCAGGACUCCACGGUGCUGCUCAUCUGUAUCACAGUUUUCCUGUCGUACCUGCCAGAGGCCGGACAGUACUCCAGCUUCUUCCUCUACCUGCGACAGGUCAUAAACUUCUCGUCCACGACCAUCGCCGUCUUCAUCGGAGUCGUGGGGAUUCUGUCCAUCGUCGCUCAGACUCUGCUGUUGACUCUUCUCAUGAGAACUUUGGGAAACAAAAACACGGUUCUUCUGGGUUUGGGAUUCCAGAUCCUUCAGCUCGCCUGGUACGGCCUCGGCUCCGAACCCUGGAUGAUGUGGGCGUCUGGGGCGGUGGCGGCGAUGUCGUCCAUCACGUUUCCCGCCGUUUCUGCUCUCGUCUCUCAGUCUGCAGACGCCGACCAGCAAGGUGUGGUGCAGGGGAUGAUCACUGGGAUCCGUGGUCUCUGUAACGGUCUCGGUCCGGCUCUUUACGGAUUCGUUUUCUUCAUGUUCAACGUGGAGCUGAACUCCAUGGACCCGAUCCAAGACCAGUACGAGCCCCUGCCCCCCCCCACCGAGCGGUCCCUGGUCCCUGGUCCUCCGUUCCUGUUGGGGGCGGGCUCGGUCCUCGUCGCGUUCCUCGUUGCUCUUUUCAUUCCGGAAAAGUCCAAGACGGCGCCGGAGCUGUCGCUCACCCAGAAGCCCCGCCCCGACAGCAAGCACUCCCUCUCCUCAUUGGCCGGCGUCCACAUAAACACGCCCCUGCCGGGAAGCGAGGAGGAGGCGCCCAACUCUGCAGCCAAUCAGGAGGACUCUGAGCCGCUGCUGCAGGACAGCGUCGUCUGAUUGGUCCGUUUGGACGCUCUCGGGAGCUGUGAUUGGACGAGCAGGCGGGAUGGGCGGGUCCAAAGGUUUUAAGACAUUUGAUUGGACCUAAACGUGUUGGAGCCAAAUGGGCGGGACCACGUGUCAC